ACCUCCAACAAGCUAGCUAGCGGAGGAAAACCAUGGCAUCUCAACAAGAACGCGCAGAGCUCGACGCAAGGGCAAGGCAAGGGGAGACUGUGGUCCCCGGCGGGACCGGCGGAAAGAGCCUCGAGGCACAGGAGCAUCUUGCUGAAGGGAGAAGCCGAGGAGGGCAGACGAGGAGAGACCAGCUUGGGACUGAAGGAUAUCAGGAGAUGGGCCGCAAGGGUGGUCUGAGCACGGGUGAUGAGUCUGGCGGCGAGAGAGCGGCUAGAGAGGGGAUCGAUAUCGACGAGUCCAAGUAUCGAAAUUGAACUGGUCCGUUGAUGCAUGGUUAGGGAUGGAAAAUGCAACUAGUAUGAAUAGUACGUAUAGUUGUCGAGUGUUGCGGUUGAACUUGUGUCGUAGCGUAGCAGAAUGGUACGUAUGAUGGGUGGCUUUUGGGUUCGUAGAUUAGAUCAUGUGUGCAAGCUUCUGAUGUUAAAUGAAAUGGAAGUUUUCAAAUAAUUAGGGCGGUAUCAUUUUGUUGGUCUGA